ACAUGAGCGUAGAUGGUCGUAGAAGUCGUAGAUGGUUAGUGUGGAUCGGUGUGGAUGCAUACGUUCCUUGAAUAGCGUAGAAGGUUGGGGAGGAGAAGGCGUGUAGAAGCUGGCAAUAUGAAUUAGGUGCAAGAGUGGCAACGAAUCAAAGAUGCCCAAGAAGAAGACAGGUCAACGUAAGAAGGCCGAGAAGCAGAAGCUCCGGCAGAAAGAGAUAAGAACAGCAAAGGAUAAUUUGACUUUAGCGAAGUACCCCUGCAAUGCCCCCAUGGAAUGUGAAAAAUGUCAUAGAAAGCAAAAGAAUCGAGCAUUCUGUUACUUCUGCCAAAGUGUCCAGCGGCUUCCUCAGUGUGCACAUUGUGGGAAAAUUAAAUGUAUGCUAAAGACUGGUGAUUGUGUGAUACGGCAUCCAGGAGUUUUCACAACAGGCUUUGGCAUGGUGGGGGCAAUUUGUGACUACUGUGAAGCAUGGGUGUGUCACGGUCGUCGAUGCCUCACAACGCAUGCCUGCACAUGCCCUCUGCAAGAUGCUAUAUGUGCUGAAUGUGAGCGCCAAGUGUGGGAUCAUGGUGGACGCAUAUUCCGUUGUUCCUUUUGCACAAGCUUCCUUUGCGAGGAUGAUCAGUUCGAACAUCAGGCUUCUUGUCAGGUUUUAGAAUCAGAAAAUUUCAAAUGUCAGUCGUGUAACAAGUUAGGACAGUAUUCUUGUCUGCGCUGCAAGACAUGCUAUUGUGAAGAUCACGUACGCCGGAAAGGUUUCAAAUAUGAAAAGAACAAGCCUAUUCCCUGUCCUAAGUGUGGAUAUGAGACUUCACAAACGAAGGAUCUUAGCAUGUCCACUCGAAACCAUAAGUUUGGUCGCCAGAGUCAGGCAAACAUGGAUGAAGAUGAUGAGGAUGGUGAUGAUGGGGGUUACUCUGGGGGUUACAAUGGAUAUGGAAAAGGAACUGGAGACAUGGCAGAUUCUGGCUCAGAUGAUGAUGACGACGAUGAUGACGAUGACUAUGAGGAAUCUGGAGAAGAGUCAGAGGAUGAAGGUGGUGAAGGCGAAGAAGAAACAGCAACAUAGUACAGCAUAUUGCUGGAGAACUUGUGCAGUGACUUUCUGCAUAAGAUUUCAGUGCUCAAUUUUAUAUGUUGGCAGAAACACUCACAAGAAAAGUUGUCGAUGUUGCUGAUGUUAAAGGACUGAAUCAAAAACUAAAUAAAGACAAUCUGUUACAUGA